AUGGAACUUAUGCAGCUGAAACAGGGUAAUACAACUAUUGCAGAAUAUGCCCGUAAAUUUGAUGACUUGUGCCGUUUCUCCAAGAUCUGCCAAGGGAAUCCUGCUGACUUUGAAGAAUGGAAGUGUUUGAAGUUCGAAGGGGGCCAUCGUGAGGAUCUGAUGAGUUCAGUAGUCCCAUUGGAGAUACGAAAUUUUGCUGAGCUGGUUAAUAAGUGCAAGUUAGUGGAAGAAUGUGCUAAAAAGGCAGUGUGGAAAGGAUCAUGGUACCAGACCUUGCCAAAUCAGAACAUUUACUUGUUACAAUUGUGGGGAACCGGGACACUUGGCGAGGAGUUACCCAAAAAAAGACUUUCUCGAAAUCCAAUACGAACCCAGCAACAAGGUCAAGUGUUUGCCAUGACUGCUGAUGAUGCUAUGCAAUCAGACGCCCUAAUCCAAGGUCAGUGUAUUGUCAAAGAUCGAUUUCUAACUGUACUGUAUGACUCGGGUGCAUCGCAUUCCUUUAUUUCUUUAACUGUUGCUCGUGAGUUGGGACUAGAUUUCUAUGAGUUGAACUUUGAUCUAAUUGUCCAUACACCUGCGUCCCAAAAUGCUUUGACUAGUUUAGUGUGCCUGCAAACGGGAGUGAUUGUGAGGGGUACGUUCUGUUAG